GUCGACCUUCAACUGGAACCUCACCUCACCUCGCAACUCGGAGCUCCAGCUCUUCUGCAGCUCUCGAGUGAGCGCUGCCAUCUCUACGGAGAUAAAUCAACAAAUCUGGGGUAGAAAAUUGGUUAAAAUAAUUACUCAAAAGAUAGAAGGGUUGUUUAUAAUUACAAAAUGGCGUCCAUUGUUCCCUGCCUUGCAGUACGAGGCUCGACGGGGACAAGUUUGGGUCAUGGGCCGCCUACCUAUGAAACGGUCACAGAAUUUCCUCGUGACGUUGGCAAAUCUUGCAAGGCCAUGCUCUUCAGCCCUGAGGGAAGAUAUUUUGCCUGGGUUAAUGGAAUCUCCUUGACGAUAGCACUCACAAAAACUUGGCAAAUCGUAGCUGAAAUUAAAAGGCCUAAGAUCUCUUCCAUAAAUUUCUCUCCAAAUGGGACGUACAUCUCGACUUGGGAACCAUUCAUAGUCUCAAAAACAAACCCUCAAGGAACUCCGAAUCUCUGCAUUUGGAAAUCUGAGAAUGGGGACCUUGUUAAGGAGUUUGUGCAUAGGAAACAAACGGAUUGGGAACCGCAGUGGUCGUCGGAUGAGAAUAUUUGUGGUAUGCUGGUGAAUAGCCAUGUUCUCUUUUACGAAAAUGCAGAUUUUUCAAAGGUUCUUCACAGGAUAAACUUGGGCACCGUGGCAAAGUUCAGUAUAGCUCCAGGAAAUCCACCCUAUCACAUUCUUUGCAAUAUGCCUGGCUCAGCUGGACAGCCAUCGUUUGCAAGGCUAUUUCAAUACCCUAAAUUUGAAACAGGGCAGUCGUUAGCUAACAAGAGUUUUUUUCAGUCUGAUCGAGUGGAUAUUUAUUGGAAUAAUCGAGGUACCAACGUUUUGCUGAUGACCAGCACUGAAGUUGACAAGACCGGGGCCUCCUACUAUGGCAAACAAACCUUGCAUUACCUUGAUACAAAAGGUCAAACAACAAUGGUGAUGCUUGGAAAAGAAGGUCCCAUACAUAGUGUCGAGUGGUCUCCAAAACAUGUGGAAUUCUGUGUAAUCUAUGGAUUCAUGCCGGCCAAAACAACGCUGUUCAACCUGAAAUGUGAAUCUGUUUUUGAAUUCGGUAUCAAACAUCGGAACAGUAUCUACUAUAAUCCACACGGAAACAUUAUGAUUCUUGCUGGUUUUGGUAAUUUGAGCGGUGACGUGGAACUCUGGGAUGCCGGUAGCAGGAAAUUGAUUGCAAGCCUCGACGCCGCUGAUACAACUCUUCUCCGAUGGUCUCCUGAUGGUGAACAUUUUGCCACCGCCACUACGGCUCCAAGACUUCGAAUGGGGAACGGAUUCAAAAUUUGGCACUAUACCGGGACCCUGCUGUACGAGCGACCGUGGAACAAACAAGACGAAUUAUGGGAAGUACUAUGGCAGACCUAUCCUCGUGAGACGUUCAAGGAAAAAUCAAUCAGUUAUAAGGCUGUCGAAGGCAUCGUUCCCAGCCAACCCCAGGCGUCAAAACAGGCUUACAGACCGCCUUCGGCAAGAGGGCAGAUAAUUAAUUUCAAGCUCCACGACGAUGUUGAAGAACCAAGAUCGAAACAAGGUGCCGAUUCCAAUCCCUCCAAGGCUUCACUAAAAAUGAAGAAAAAGCGAGAAGCUAAAAAAGUUAAGAGAGAACUAGAGGUAGCAGCCGCUGUUGGUGCCCCGGCGACGACGACGGUACCAACAACAACAGCAACAACGACGACGCGCCAUCGAACCUCAGCGAAAACCUCUGACGUGAAUGGAACUGCAAACAGUGGCGAAACUGAACAAACCGAUGAUCCCGAAAAAGUGAAGAAGAUAAGGAAAGUCAAAAACAAACUAGACGAGAUAACGAAAUUAAAGCAACGACUCGCGGAAGGUAAGCACCUGGAAAUUAAUCAACUGGAAAAAAUUAAGAAGGAAGCUGAGCUACUCGUCGAAUUCAAAGAAUUGGUUUUGUGAUAUCGCAAUCUUCUCACCAAUUUCCAUGCGAGGUAAUAUGACGACGUGCGGUAAACCAAGGGUAUUGCGUGAUACAUAUUUACUGCUAACGUCUCUUCAAAUGCGGGUAUGAGGUUUUAUCAUAAUUGAAAGAGCGAGUCCUGGAGCGCAAAGCGCACAGGUGAAAUACAACGUCGUUUAUCAAUAUACAAAUUUGACGUAGCUAUACCCACGUGUACGUACUACGUAUAUGCGUCUGUGUGUUUGUGCAUGAACGUUACGUUGCUGACUCACUCACAUGAACUUUUGGAUGCAUCAUAUGAAUGGAAUAUUAAACUAGAUGUUUGUGAACCCUGCCAACGACUCGCAAUGUUAUGUACAGUUUAAUGAAAUUUAUGAACAAUAAAUUAUUAAACUAA